GUGUUAAGAUUUUUAAUUUUUAGCAUUGAUGUUAAAGCAGUCUGUUAUUUUGGUUUUAUUUUCCGUUCACAGGGUGAUGAUGAGUUUCCUCGGUGACGGGAUGCUUCGGCCCCACUCACGGGCAAGGAAAUAGUCGGCACGGGAGUCAGCAUCAAAGAAGAGAUAAGUGAGGUUGUCACCGAAGAUACAUGCCUGGAAAUAAAGGAGGAACCACUUGAUUAUGGAGAUGAACCGAGAAAUGAAGUGUUUAACGUGAAUGUAACACAUGAAAAUAAUUUCCUUCAUAAUCCUCUUGAUCUGAGACAUGAAUCACAUGCAAAAGACUCAUGUAACUUGGUUCAGGAUUGUAAUGACAUGUCAAAAGUACCAUUUAAGGAAACUGUGGGAAGACGUUCAUCAGAUGGGGUUCAAGUGAUGUACGAGGAUAGACUGAAGGAGGAAACACAACUAAUAGUUGAAUCCACAAGUAAAUGUUUUGCAUGUGAGGUGUGUGGCAAGGAAGUGUCUCAAAAGAGUCACAUCAACAUUCACAUGGGAGUCCACACAAAAGAGAAGCCAUAUAACUGUGGAAUAUGCAAUAAGACAUUCUCAUCCAAAAGCGAUAUAGAAAAGCACGUUGACGUACAUACUGAGGGGAAGCCAUACAACUGUGAUAUAUGCAGCAAGGCCUUCCUAUAUGAAUCUAGUUUUUUUUAAUCAUAUGACAAUGAAUACA